AAAAUUAAUUAUUUGAAAAAAUAAUUUACAAGACGUAUGUGUUGUGUGCUUUAUUUAGUAACAUUGUAAAAUUACUAUCGAUGAAGGAUAAUUGUGUUUGGUUUGAUACUCUAUCGUUUUCGUAAGCAAUGUUGUAUUUAAAAUACUUUAACCUAUAAAUUUAAAUUAUUAUAUUAUUAUAAUAAAUUCAUAUUGUCUGAUGAGGAAGACAAAAAGGAAUUAACGAAACAUAUAUUAAAAUAGAAAACAAGAUGAGUCUAAAAAUGUUAUUUAAUUUGAAUACAUCUUUAUAUAUACGUAUGCAAAAUAUAUUAAGCAGUAGAUAUUUUUCAUCAAAAGCAGAUAAAGAUAUUAUUGUUGGUAGUGAAAAAUCCAUUUAUGAGACUGCUGAAGAGACACCCGUUUAUGAUACUUAUCAAGAAAUAGAAAAUAUUGAACUUGAAAAGAAAAGAAACAAAUCGAGACUUAAUAAAGAGCAUAGAAAUAUAUUAUUUGGACAGCGACCUUAUGAAGAAGCCCAAGAAUGGUAUCACAAUACUAUUAAAUAUAAGAAGCGUCUGCUAGGUAGAUAUGGUAUGAAAGCGGUUGAAGAACCAGCAGGGUUUGUCUGGCCAACUCCAGAAGAAGUCAACGAUAUGAAGGAAUACGAAAGAGUUGCUUAUCCGUAUAGUAUUCAAGAAGAAUGGGCAAGGAUAGAAGAGAAAAACAGAACAAACGCAGAAGCAAUAAAGGCUAGAGAAGCUGAAGUAUCUCAAAAAAUGGCCAAACUGGAUAAAUGGAUAAAUGAUUUAAAUACAAGAAUUGCUAAAAAAGAAGCAGAUUUAUUAGAAGCGAAGAAACGUAAAGAUCGUUUAAUACAAGAAGUUAGAUUAGAGCUUGGUUCACACGUGUCUAUACACGAUGAGAAAUUUAAAGCAGUAAUGGCAGAAAAAGAGAAGCUUGAAAAAAAGAAAUUGAAGGAAGCUAAAAAGAAAGUAAAGGAAGAAAAAAAAUUGGCUAGAUUAGCAAAAUUAUCACAAACUGAUGGAGACACAACUACUGCAUCUUCUUCGAAUGAACAAAUUAAAUAAAUGACACUAUGUAGAUGCUGUACAAAAUGCAACAAUAAUUUAAUGUACAUAUACACAUACAGAUAAAUAUAUAGACAUUUUUUCAUCGUA